ACUUCAAAUUAAAAGUCUCCCUCAUUUCUCUCUCCCCGCUUUUCUCUCGUUUCUCAGAAUCGAAACUCUUCCGACCCUAAUCGAAACUGGUGAAACCCUAAUCGAAGCUGUUGAAACCUUAAUCAAAGCUGGUAAAGCUCUGAAAGCCUAAUCUCUAACUCGAAGCCCUAUGCUGCUCUCUUCAGUUCUCAAAGUCGAAGCCCUAAUUAGUAUUUUUCUUGCAGUUGCAGUUCCUGCUCUUCAGAAUCUGCGCAGUUAUGAAGUUCUACUACAUCGAUAUAUGGCUAUGAUGGAACUACAGGAGAGGAACGAGAGGCUAUUUUACAAGAUUUUUAUUGAUAAUGUGGAGGAACUUCUCCCUGUUGUCUACACUCCAACUGUUGGCAAUGCUUGCCAAAAAUAAGGUUGAAGGUCGAUGAAAAAGAAUCUCUUGUUGUUGCUAGUCCAAGGGUGUGCUGCUUGGGCUGCUCCUCUUUUCAUGUUUCUUCAAGUAUGUAUCCUAAUUGGGCAACAGAUUACAAAUUCAGCAUACACUGAAGCCAGAGAAGAUCAUCAGAGGGGAAAAGUUGCUCUGUUCUAUGCCUCUUUAGCAUGUAUCUUGAUUUUGAUAGUUUCUCAUGGAUGCCGUUAGUUCAUGAUUUUCCUGCACAUCCAUUAUUUUGGUAUGCUUUCUUGUCGUGACUUGACUGUUGGAUUGUUUGUAUUGCUUAAUUAAUAUUAAUAGCAGUACUUCAGCAACUAAUAUUAGUACUUUCUCUUCUUGCGCUUUUGUUUUCUUAAAAAAAAGUAUUUGGUUGAUAAGUUCUUACUUCUAAAUGUGUCUGAACUCAAUUCUUUCAUCUCCCUGUACUCACCAGUGCAAAGAGGGAAAUUAGGUUCUCUUCAUAGUGAAUAAUGAAUAUUGCAAGUUAUGCAGUGUUCUCUACCCUUACUAAACAAAUAAUUUAAAUGAAUUAUACAAUUAUAAUCACUUUCCCAAUGAGGCCACGAGAAAGAGGCACUAAUUGCUAUCUCGCCUGAUUAGUUGCUAAAGACAUUGAUAUUUUCUUUUUCCACUAGCUGUUGGUAGAAGCUCAUAAAGUAUUACUCUUGUAAGCUUCCUAAGGAGUGAGGAUGUGCUAUGAUUUUUUUCUUUUUCUUUAUAUUCAACUCUCUCUGGUGUAUUCCUCUGAACAGUGUGUGUUUGUUUUUCACAAAUUUUUCCAUUUGAAUGUUUCUGGCUAAUUUCUCCCAUAUAGUGUGUGUGUGUGU